UGUGGUGUAUCCACUCAUGCGCCCAGGGUCACCCUCUUGGGACUGAAGGGGAACCUCCCCUUUUUCUCUGCCUCCCCCACCUGCCCGGUUUGUCCGUCCAAUCAGCAACCGGAGCGCCUGCGUGACCGCCGCCGCCACAAAGAGGGCGUCACCGCGCCUGCGCAACUUUGCGGACCCGAAAGUGGCCUUCCGCUCCUCGCCGAAUUCUCGCGAGACGUUCUCUUUUCCAAGAUGGCGGCGGAUGAGGUGGACGCUGUGCUGGCGCUGCUAAGCCGGGUCUCUUCGCUGGAAGAGCCGCUGGAGGAGCUGCGGGCCCUGCGGGUGGCCGUGCAGGCUCUGCCCUCCGCCGCCCUCCGCGAACGAGGCCCUGGCUACCCCUUAGCCGGGCUCUUCGUCCUCAUGGCCCUCGGGGAUACUGAUCAGGUCUCUUUAUGUGUCUCGAUCUUGGAGAGAUUCCUGCAAGUCAUGGAUCCCUUGGAUAUAAUCCAAAACUUUGGGGUGGAACUUCUGAAGGGACUGUUCCACCCGGAUGAUUCGGUGAAAAUCCUAACCAUCUCCCAAGUUGGAAGAAUUGUUGAAGACUCCGUUGCUGUCAGAGAAAUCCUUAACACUCCUGAAUUACUGAGGCAGAUUGUCUACUGCAUUGCUGCUGAGAAAAUAGCAGUGGCGAAAGAGGCCAUCAGAUCUUUGUCCAGAAUAGCACAAUCGCCUGAGGGCUUGGAAAUUUUGCUGGCGGGGAAUUUGCUGAUUGACUUGAAAAACGUCAUGGCGAAGAGCGACAUCAUACGUUAUCGCGUGUAUGAGCUAGUGAUCAAUAUUUCGUCAACAUCGGUGGACUCUCUCAACUACUGUGUGAACAGCGGCUUAAUAUCGGAAAUGAUUGGGGAACUGACGGGAAACGACGUGCUUGUCAGGGCGACCUGUAUUGAGAUGGUGACCUCACUGGCCCACACUCAACAUGGACGGCAGUAUCUCUCUCAGCAAGGCAUCAUCGACAAAAUUUCCAAUAUAAUCAUUGGCGCUGAUUCAGAUCCCUUCUCCAGUUUCUACCUGCCAGGUUUUGUUAAGUUUUUCGGCAACCUGGCGAUCGUGGACAGCCCUCAGCAGAUCUGCGAGCAGUAUCCCGCCUUCGUAGAGAAGGUCUUCAACAUGGCCGAAGGCCAGGACCCCACCUUGUUUGGCGUGGCAGUGGACACGCUCGCAAUCUUGGGCUCAAACGUGGAGGGCAAGCUGGUGCUCCAGAAGACAGGGAGUCGGUUCCAUCGUGUGCUAAACAGAAUCGGGCACCAAAUAAAGAACGCCCCGACAGAAAUGCGAAUCCGAUGUCUGGAUGCUAUUUCGUCUCUCUUCUUCUUGCAACCUGAGCAGCAAACAGAAGAUCUUCUCCGGAUGACCGAAACGUGGUUCUCGUCUCUAUCCAACCAGCCCUUGGAGCUGUUCAAAAGCAUCAGCACUCAGCCCUUCCCCGAUCUCCAUUGCGGAGCCUUGAGGGUUUUCACUGCCAUUGCAAAUCAACCUUGGGCCCAGCAGGAGAUGCUGGCUAGUCCUGGCUUCGUCGAAUACAUCGUGGACAGAUCGGUGGAACCAGAUAAAGCUUCCAAGGAGGCCAAGUACGAACUUGUCAAGGCUUUGGUUAACUCAAAGACGGCGGCAGAAAUCUUUGGAAACCAGCAUUACUUGAGACUGAAGGCUUACAUGCGCGAGGGGCCAUAUUACGUUAAGGCUGUCUCAACUACCGCUGUGGAAGGAGCCGAGUAGCUUCAGACGACGUAAUUUCAAGCUCAUUCCAGGGUUAGCUAAAGGUUCCGGAUUUCUGGAAGGUGGGGGCUGGCCUGUUGAUUUGUAGGGAGGACAAAGAAAGUUGUGGGUAACAUUUAACUUGGUACGAGUUUUCUUAUUUUUCCGACGUCGAAACGGCGGGAAGUUGGUUUGAAAUACGGAGAUUUUCUAGGCAUUUUCCUGAUGGAAAACACAGGCUCUACCAUGUCACGCUACUUAAAAUCCAGGAGAACAGUUGUUACCAGGAAAGGAGAGUCUAAUUUUUAAAAAACAAAA